CCUCCACCACAGCAACAGGGCUACCCGCCUCAAACACCACAACAGGCUCCUGCGCCAGGAUAUCCGAUGCAACAACAACAACAACAACAACGACCACCCAUGCGACCUCCACCACCCGGUGCCGAUCCCCAGCUCUGGUACUGGUUCCAAGCGGUCGACACGGACUGCUCUGGCUUUUUGACGGUAGACGAGCUUCAACGAGCACUGAUCAACGGUGACUGGACACCGUUCAAUAUUGAAACAGUACGCAUGAUGGUAUCCAUGUUCGACACAGACAAUACAGGCACAAUCGAUUUCAAUGAGUUUACGGGACUGUGGAGAUAUAUCGAAGACUGGCAACGGUGUUUCCGGACAUUCGACACGGAUGGGUCGGGCAACAUUGAUGCUCGGGAAUUGAAGAAUGCAUUGCAGACGUUUGGCUACAACUUGUCCGAACGCUUUGUUGCUGUGCUUAUCCAAAAGUUUGAUCGAUUUGGCCGGGGUAACAUCACCUUCGACAACUUUGUACAAGCCUGCGCCACCAUCCGUGCCCUGACAAUGGCAUUCCAGCGUUUUGAUACGGACAGGGAUGGUGUUAUCCAGAUCACUUAUGAACAGUUUUUGGAACUUGUCAUCCAACAGCGUACGAUCUAAGUGGCGGCAGCGACACACACACACACACACACAUACAUACUAUACAACCUCUCAUCCAUCUCCUGCCCCUGUUUUUACUCUUAUCACUACAUUUUAC